UGUUUUGUCCACCUCUCAAAAAACCUUUAAAAGCUUUUGGUGCCUUAACAACAGGAUAGUUAGCUUAGAACAGAGAAAGCAACCAUGACACAGAAAAAAAUUGCAGAAGAAAUAGAGAAAGCACUGGAAAAAUCCAAAGGACUUAACCUCCACGAACUUCUCUUUUCCUACCAGGGGACUCUCUACCCGAAUACAGUGUGCAGUGCAGAGACGUUCCAAGCCCUGGAGAAUUUUGAAAGCAGAAAAGAUGAUGCUGUGUUGGUUUCCUAUCCCAAAUGUGGAGCAAAUUGGUUGAUUCUCAUUGUGAAUGAUCUGAUUGCCACAACGUUGAAAGUUAAGCAGGAGAACACAGAAUUGCCAUUUAUGGAGUGUGGAGAUCCAGAAAAGUUUCAGAGGAUGAAACAAUUUCCUUCUCCAAGGAUUGUGGCCACGCAUCUCCAUUACAACUACCUGCCCAAAUCUAUUUUCAAAAAUAAAGCCAAGAUAUUGGUGUUGUUUCGAAAUCCUAAAGAUACAGCAGCAUCGUUUUUCCAUUUUCAUAAUAAUGCACCAACCAUUCCCAGUUAUAAUUCAUGGGAGGAAUUUUUCCCAGAAUUCAUGAAUGGAAAAGUUGCCUGGGGAUCCUAUUUUGAUCAGGCUAUCGCUUGGAACAAACAUAUAGAUGAUGAAAACAUUCUGAUUCUGAUAUAUGAGGAAUUAAAGGAGGACCUGGUUUCGGGAGUAAAGCAAAUAGCUAAUUUCUUUGGUUUCCCUGCUACUACUGAGCAAAUUCAGGCUAUUGCAGACAGAAGUACCUUCCAAGCAGUGCGCGAUAAGUCACAGGAAACACAUGGUGCAGCUGGUCCACUGCUCUUCCGGAAAGGCAUUGUAGGAGAUUGGAAGAAUAUUUUUGACAAGCCUCAAAAUGAGCAAAUGGAGGCUAAAUUUAAGGAAUGUUUAGCUGGAACGAAGCUGGGAACCAAGCUGAAGUAUGAUGUCUACUGCAAAACAUGAACGUGUAUCUUGUGGAAAAAAAUAUUAUUUUUAUGGAAGUUUUGAUUGCUUGCAUAAAAAAGGAUAUAACCAGAAUGCACAUUUCACUAUAGCUAAUCUGUGAAACUCUUUAAUAUCACAUUUCUAAUAUAGGAUAACCCUGUAUUAAGCUGCAUAAUAUAUAGCCAGACUAUUUCAUAGAACAAGACAAUAAUUUCUGCCAGAUAUAUGCAAGAAUCUAUUUCAAUAUUUCUAAGGACAAGAGGACAUGAUCUACCUAGGCUUAUUGGGAAAUGUGCCUGUGCAAAUAAGAGUUUUGAAGCACCAGUAAUCAGGGGAUAUCUCAUAGUCCAAUUACUCCAUUCUUCUGUUAUUUGGAGCAAAACUGAAGUACUUGCUUCUGAAGAAUUUGAUAUAUGGAGAGGACCCACUUCAAGAGAGUGAGGUAGCUGCGUCAUUUCACUGCUGCUUUAGAACUUUUAAAAAGACAGACUAUCAAUAUUGACUUUGGGCAAUUCUAUGUUAAUCACCCCAAGGAGAUCAGUGAUUUUCCAUUAGUUGAGGAUAUCACUGAUUUUCAUUCAGGACAUUGAACAUUGAGCAAAGAGAUUGGUAGUUGAUACCAUCUAUUUAUUUCUUUAAGAGACACUGGAAGGAGCUUAUAAUUUUAAGAAUAAUGAGCAUAUCAGAAGUAAAGUUUUACCUAGAGAGGAGGGGAAAGCAUCUUGUCAUGUUAACAGCCCUUCAUUUACCUUGUAAUGCAAUAAUUCACAGAUGAAUAUUGAAUUCUGUUUAUUAAAAUAAUUCAAUAUUAAGACCAAGAUGAAAAUAGAAAAUGAAUGUGUUUAGAUUUUUACAUGCUACACUAUGUAUGAAUCAUGACUUAUUAUUAUAGUACCUGGGAUCACACAUAGUAGCUGUGAUCAUACAAUCUGUUAAUCCAAAACCAAACCAAACACAUUAUAUCUUAGCAUAUUGUGUAGCCAUACAUAACUCUUAGUAAAUCAAAUGUUCAAACUCAUGUUUUCUGAUGUGGAAUAAUCUGUUACCUUUGGUCAUAUAAUAAAUACUUUUCAUGUAUAAAAAUGACAAUUGAGUUACAAUCCUGGGGAUGCAAUAAUGCUUGUAAGCUAUUUCUCCCUAU